AAAAAAACAGCAAAUUAGAGCCAAAAAUGCUCCGUGUGACACUUUUGCGUAGAAUCAGAACGCAUGCCGAUGCUAGUUCUACGAAAAACUGUCACACUCCUAAAAUUUUUCUAUCAUUUUAAAAGCUUGCGUAGUUUAUUUUUUCCCAAAAACUCAUGCUAAACCGUAAUUUGAGAAAUACGUUCCUCUUUGUUUAUAAAAAUGUAUAGUUGAGUAUGGAUCUUGUAAGUAGUGCCUACCGAAAAGUGUUUAGUGAAAAUUUUUCUGAAUAAAACACUCAAGGCUUCUCGCUCCUCCUCUGCCCUCUAGUUUAGUGUUCUUUUCAGUGAAUAACAUUAAAUUCAACAGUUUGAACUCAUCUUAAGACAAUUUUUUGAUAUAAUUUGCAUUUUUCAUAAAAUUUUCUCUAGUGUGACAUUCUUGCGUAGAACUAUCAACAUAAAGACAACCACCUUGAUGAAAAUUUCGUACACGGAAAAUAAAAAAAAGGAAAAAUGUACCUUUUUGCGAGGUGAAUUUUUUCCACCCUUCUUUCGAGGUAAAUUUUACCUUUUUUUCAUUCACCUAGCAAAAAGGUAAAUUAUACCUUUUUUCAAUUCACGUAGCAAAAAGGUAAAUUUUACCUUUUUCGCAUUCACCUAGCAAAAUAGUAAAUAAUACCGUUUUCCCAUUCCAUCCCAUUCCCAUCCCAAAGGUAAAUGCUGGUUGGUUUGAUUGUGUCACAACCGUCCGGAGUGAAGCACCUUUCACUAAUAGCCACCUUGCCACUUGCCGUCAAUCAGAAUUUUGAAUCACGAAAUGUGAUCAAAGUAACCGCAGGUCUUUACUAACGAAAAAUCAUAAGCAGAGCAAGUGUGCGAGUGAAUUGUGUGCCGAGUAAGAUAGUAGCUACAAGCAGUUGUGAGUGGUAGAAACAUUCGUUAGACCAUAAUAAUUAUAUGUACUACCAAUCAGGUAAAUUUAUACAGUAGCAUAGAUAAAUUGUAACCUAACCUAAACUAAUCUUCCCAGCUCACGUGCUGCACGAAAGCAUACGAAACACGUGCUACCAAAGUUGCGAGCACAGAUUAGGCAGAAGGGAACUAAACGUAAGUCAUUUAUUUCACUUAACUAUAAAAACGAUUCGAACCAAACGAAAUCAUGAACUAUGUGGCAAUUAACGUAGGAAUUUUCUUUGUAAUUUUCGCUGAAGGAAUUUAUUAACGCCACCGAAUAAACGUAGAUAUUGUUAAAUAAAGGUCGUUUAAACAAAUCGGAAAAAUUCUAUUCCUCUGUCUGUCGCUCACGCAACAAUUUUAAUAAAUUCGUUUACGAUCGGGGGCUCAUUCUGUCGGUAUGUCUAACAAGCGGGGAACUGUGGAAGUGAGCUGCACUGUGUGCCGUCAGCCGGACGAUAGUCGCAUGGUAGCAUGCGAUUCAUGUGAACUGUGGUUUCACUUCGCGUGUGUAAAGGAGGAUUCAAGUGUUCAGGAUCGGGAGUGGAACUGUGAAAAAUGUCUUGUCGCAGCUAAUCAAGUCCCAGCCGGCACAUCAACACCAACUAACAACACCGGAGCGAUACCAAAGUCGGGGCUCAUGCCAACGGAUUCGAGGCUGGAGGAAUAUGUGCAGCAGCAACUGUCAAAGCAGUUAUCGGUCAUGCAGGAGAUGUUCGACCGAAUGAUGCGCGAAAAGGAAGAGCAACAGGCGAAGGAGCUCAACGAUCAGCGAAAGAUGUAUGAGCAAAGGUUGAAGGAUGCGGAGCGUAGAGUGAUGGACCAAGUUUCUUCGAGGCCAUGUGGUGGACCAGCAGCGGGUUCCAGGGUAGAACAAGCAUCGCAAAUGGCCAACGCUGGACCGAUGAGAGGAGCUGUUCGUAGUCCGUCAUCUGUAUGGCCCCUAGGGUGCGCAUCUGCGGCGAGCGCAUCAGCCUAUCAUCAAGUCACCAGAGAUGAAGCAUUUUAUGAUGUUAGCCGAAAUCAACCGUUGCCAUGGCAAAUAGGAGUUGGUCCUACAGCAAGCUCGACGACAAAUCCACUGCCACAGGUGAAUGUAGCUGAGUCAAGCCACGGCUACGAUGUGCUCGCGCAUGAGCUAAAGUUGCUGGAGGACAAACAAGCUUUGGAGAGAAAGCAUUUGGAGGAGCGUCGUCAACUUUUGAAUCGGCAAUCAGUAAUCGACGGAAGUGCGACUGGCGGUGGUGCCGGUUUGAAUUCACAACCAACAACAUUCCAGCCGAAUGUCAGCAGCUUCAGUGGUACGAUUGGUGGUGGUUCAAGACCACAUGCCCAAGCAACGGCGUUCGAGUCAAACUAUGGCGGUUCCUUCGGUGCGAAUAGUUUCGGAAUUGGAUUUCAUCCUCAAGCCAGGAGUGCCGGUGGUUUUGGUGGAUACCCCAUGUUGAGCCAGAAUCAGAUUUCAGCGCGUCAAGUUUUGAACAAGGAGCUUCCCGUGUUCACCGGAAAUCCAGAAGAGUGGCCUCUUUUCAUUGCGAGCUUCGAGAGCUCAAGUCGAAUAUGCGGAUUCAGCGACGAGGAAAAUAUGCUGCGGCUUCAGCGAAGUUUGAAAGGCAAGGCUUUGGAAGCGGUACGAUGCCGUUUGUUGCAUCCUCAAAAUUUGGCAGGUGUGAUAGAGACUUUGAGAACUCUUUUUGGAAGGCCCGAAGCUAUCGUCUACACGUUCAUACGCAAAAUCCGAGAAAUGCCAGCACCGAAGGAGGAUAAGUUACAGACAGUCAUCGACUUCGGCGUGGCUGUCCAAAACGUCUGUGCAGCCAUUUCAGCUUCAGGUCUCGAUGAGUAUAUGUUCGACGUAGCUCUCCUACAGGAACUAAUAAGUAAACUGCCGACAUCCAUACGAAUGAACUGGGCGUUCUAUCGACAAGGACUGGCGAGAGUUACUCUUUGGGAAUUCAGCGAUUGGUUAGGAAAGGUGGCUACAGCGGCGAGCACCAUAACGUUGCCAUCGAUUAAUCCACCUAAAAUUGAAAAGCGUGAAAGAAAGAAUGAGAAUUUUAUUAACGUGCAUUCGGAAGCCAGUGGAGGUUUUGAGAAUCCUGUAAAAGAACGUUCGGUUACUGUUUCGAAGGCGAAAGGUUGCGUGUCGUGUUCAGGUGAAUGCAGUGGUCUUGAACAGUGCCGGAAAUUCCUUAAAUUGGACAUCGGGUCUCGUUGGACGAUCAUCAAAGAGCAGAAUUUGUGCAGGAAGUGUCUGCGGAAGCAUUUUGGUGCUUGUAAGGUGAAAGAACCAUGCGGAAGAAACGGUUGCACGUACAAGCACAACAAGCUUCUCCAUGACGAUAAGCGCUACAGCAAGCCAGCGGCAUCUGAGUCAACGAAGUCUAGCAACGAUAACUCGUCUUCAAAUUCUACAACGCAGAGUUGCAACACGCAUUCAAAGGCUACUCGGAGAGUUCUGUUUCGGUAUGUGCCUGUGACAAUCUACUGAAAGAACUUGGGCUGAAU